AUGUCUGACUUUGAAAAUAUCAUUGGUUCAAUUCUAAGCAAAAACAAACAAUCUCGAAAAAUUGGGGAAACUUCGCUUCAGAAUAUGCUGAAACUCAAUGCAGAGCAAGUGUGUUACAAUCUAAUUGCAGCAAUGUCUUCUGAAAAUGAAGACAUUUCUGGGCUCGCCGCCAUCUUGUUCAGAAAGAAAGUGAUUGAAGAAGACCACGUCAAAUUAAUCCCUGAGUCCAGCUACCCACAUCUUAAAAACUCCUUAUUCGCUUUAGUUUCCCCUCAAAAGUCCCUUCUUUUCCUCAAAAGACUUGCAGACGUCCUUGUGAACUUUGCAAUUUUGCACAACUGGGCUAACGAACUUAUGACUUAUAUGGCUGAAUGAAGCGUUUUUGAUAGUGCGAGCAUAAAGCAGUUUUCAAUGUACUUAUUCGAGCUUGAGAGUAUUAAAAAUGGUGCAAGCUUAAAGGUCUUGCACCGGACUCUCCCCGGGAAGGUGGUACUACAAGUCGCUUGGGUUACAGAAUUAGGUCGCACUGGUGCUGGAGAACUUCCCCAGGAGUUUUUUUCUGCUUGCCUUUUAUUCUGGCUGCGUCGCAGGGACGGCUUUAGGCUGCCAUAAAGGCCGUUGGGAACAACAAAAGCCUGCUCUCGGAGGAGAACAGGUAGUGAAACCCUGAUGAGGGAGUAAAAAAUAAAAAAAACUCUGCCCUGAAAGAGCUUGUUAGGAAGCAACCUUCAGAACUUCACCGGCGUGGUGUCGGACCCACUACGUCACCAUUUUUAGUGGCCAAUAUGGUGGAAUAUUUGGCUCCUUAACUAACUAAACCUAAAUUCUUACUUACUUAUUCGAGCUUGCGACAGAAUAUACAGGAACAAUGGAAGUUUUAAAAGAAAAUGCCGCGUCAGUCAUUGGGAUCAUGUGGAACGUUUUACAAGAUAACAACUUAGACGUCAAGCUUUCUGCUGUCAAGUCUAUCGUCACUUUUAUGAUGGGACUAGGCGAUGAAGUUACUGUGAUGGGCUAUGCACAAGGAAUGGACCACAUUUUGAAUAUCAUCAUAAAGGCUGUUGAAGAUGGAAACUGGAACCCUGAAAUGUUUAAGCAAGUCUUGCACAGCUUUGCAGAACUGACUGAGCUUUAUCCGAGAAUAUGGAAAGAUAUCAUUGAAAAGCUCACAUUGACGAUGUCAGGGAUAGGGAAAAAUAAUCAGUAUACACAAGAUGUAAGAGCAGCUGCUGUUGAAACUUUGGUGACUUUGAUUAAAAAAGCUCCAGGGAUUUUGAGAAAAAAUGUAUUUUUUAUACAAGAAACACUUGCAUUGAGCUUUUGUUUGAUAACAGAAGUAGACUAUCCUUAUGAUAUUGAAGGGUGAAAUCAAGAAGGCAGCGAUACUUUGGUUAUUCAAAAUGACCCGAUUAGCUCUGGAAAAGACUUGCUGGGCAAUUUGGCAGCGACUUUGCAAGAUGCUAUUUUUCCUCACGUUAUGAAGCUUAUCCCUGCACAACUUCAAGCAGCUCACUGGGCAAAUCAGCACAGCGGGAUAUUAGCAAUAGGUCUUAUAUCAGACGGCUGCCAUGAUUUAAUAACAACGAUUUUCCCACAUGUAAUUGCCACUGUUUUGCCUUUUGCAAAUUCAGACUCUCCUCGACUUAAAUGGGCGACAAUGACAACAAUAGGUUUGCUCUGUUCUGAGUUUGAGCCUGAAAUGGAAAAUAUUUAUCAUGCUCAAAUAAUCCCAGCAAUUUGUUCAUGCUUAUCACAAAGCAAUUUAUCAAAAGUCCAAUCUCAAGCUGCCUCAUGCUUGAUUAACUACUCAAGAGGGCUUCUUGUUGAAAAUGGAAACCCAGAUAUUGCUUUGACUCCAUAUCUCCCAACAAUAAUUGAAGCAUUCUUAAGAAUUCUGUCUAAUCCAAACAACCCAUUUUCACUGUUACAAGAAGUACUGAACUCAAUCGCCAUGAUUGCGACAGCGACUGGUGCUGGGUUUGCUCCUUUUUAUAAUCAGCUUAUUUUUGGGUUGCGAAACUAUGUAAAUAUGCCAGUCACAACAGCCACUGUAAAAGAUAUCAGAGCUGCCAGUAUACGGUGCAUUGGAUGUAUCGUAGAAAGCCUAAGCGAAGCUGGGGAUGCAUUUAAACAAGAAGCUGAGUCUAUAUUGAAUGAUUUUAUGAGGAUAAGAAAUUCAAUAGACGACACAGAUCCUGCAUAUCAAGCAAUUUCUGAAGUUUUGUCUCAUUUUGCCUUAUGCUUAAAAGAUAGAUUUGCACCUUAUUUAAACAUAAUUAUUCCACAUGUAUAUUUACAAGCAGAACAGAAUGUGGAUUUCAAGCUAACUGAUGCAGAAAGUGCUGAUGCCUUAAAUAUAGACAAUGGAAUGAACGCACUACAGUUUGAAUUAAAAGGACUAGGGAAAAAACAGCUUGCAAUUAGUACAACAGCCCUGGAAAAUAAAAUAAAGGCAUGCAAAAUUUUAUAUGACUUAGUCGAGUCUUUAGAAACAUCAUUUGAGCCGUAUGCAGAACAGACCUUUAGGGUGCUCGCCCCACUGAUUUCUUAUCCAUAUAACUCAGAUAUCAGGAAAUUUGCAUUAAAAACAAUCCAGCACAUUCCUGCAUGCUGUUCUAAUAAGCAGCAUAUAGAAACUCUUUUAAUUCAGUUGACUCCAAUUAUUAUUCAAGCCCUCACAAAUUCAUGUGGGAAGUCACCUAAAGAUGCUUAUAAACAAAUAAAAGCUUUGGUUGAGUACAUAAACGCCGUCCCAAGCGCUGCUGUAAUUGGGCUAGGAGCUGCCCAUGAGCUUAGCAGUAUACUGGCAAACAGUGUCAGAGAAGUAUUUAACAGGAAAAUAGAAAGGGGAAGAGAAAAAGAAAAGCUAGCAGAUAUGGAACUUUACGAGGAAGAAAUCACUGAAAUAGAAGACGAUGAAAACGCUGAUGACUCUGUGCUGCAAAAAGUAAUGGAAAUUGUGGGGAAAAUGCUGAAAUCUUUUAAAACGCAAUUCCAGCCGAUUUUCUUAGAAUAUUUUAAGAACCUUUAUGGAGAACUUUUAUAUAAGCCAAAUGCUACAGAAAAUGAAAUUUUGUAUGCGAUUUGUGUGUUCUGCGACUAUGUAGAGUUCACUGGGGAUUUAAUUGCCAUUGAUGGGAAUUCGCCAGUUCUUGAGCAAUUAUAGCGCUUUCCCGAGGAUGGCGCGGAAUGGCGCCAUCCUCGGGAAAGUCAACUAAGCAUCCACACGGGAACUGGGAGUUUCCACGUGUGGAUGCCAUUUUUGACAUGUGGGAUCCAAACUUCCACAUGUCAAAAUGGCAUCCACACGUGGAACUCCCAGUUCCCGUGUGGAUGCCUUCCUGGCUUUCCCGAGGAUGGCGCCAUUCCGCGCCAUCCUCGGGAAAGCGCUAUAAUUAAAAAUUGCUAUCAAGUUAACGUUGAUAUAAGGCAAACAUCAGCAUAUGGGCUAGGACUUGCUGCUCAAUUUGGGGACCGUGCAAUAUUCAGAAGAUAUCUCCAAGAAACUCUUAAAGCUCUGAACUAUAUUAUUAGUCUUCCAGACUGCAAAUCAGAGCAGCUUUUUGUGUCAACUGAGUGCGCAGUUGGUGCAUUAGGAAAAAUCGCGAUAUUCCAUCAGCCUGAAUUAAUUCCAGCGUGGCUUAAUUGGUUGCCACUUAAAUCAGACCCUGAAGAAGCCCAAGUAAGCCACAGUCUCUUUUUGUCAAAUAUUAAUCAAAUGAGUUCUUAUAGUUCAAAAGUCAAUGAAAUUCUAGGAGAGCUUAAAAAGGUAUCUCCAGAAUUUUUAAAUGAAGAAAGCCAAAGCUUCUUAAAGCAAAUUAUACAGAAUUAA